AUGUCACUAGGCCCAGAGGCAUCACAGUUCCCGGGGAUGAUCCGUCGUGGAAUCCCUCGUCUAAACAAUCUGAACCCUCGCAUCCCUCCCAUUGCUGGUACCCUCCCAGGGACCGGGAAAUUGGCUGCAAUAUCGCAUAACAAGCUCCAGCAAGAGUCUGCGUCCCAAUCCCCAGAUCUUCGUCGCUGUCUGGCCCACCAUGGCAUCUAUCGCAAGUGCGUGAAAGCUGCACAGGAAACGGCCCGGGAGCGUAUGAACGCAUGCGGUGCAGAAAAGGAAGAGAGGACUUCAACUUCUAUGGUGAAGUUCAGAGCUCCAGUCAAGCAGGAUGCAAAUCUUUAUAAUAUUGGUACCCAGAUCACCAGUGCCGUCAAAGCCAUCAUCCAUCGUCGUUAUCAUGUGAAUGCAUCAGAGAACGGUCCGGUGGUUUCGACGGCACAAGAGGCAUCCAAUACUACUUCGUCGAUGAAGCUCAGUCGUCACAAUGCUUCAAAAUUCAUACUACCCAGGCGAAGCUGGUCGCGUCUGGACCAGUUGGUAUCUGCGGGCUGA